AUGGAUCCAAUCUUAGUCCUGGGGUUCAGUGUGUUCUGUCUGCUUCUCCUUUCACUAUGGAGAUGGAGCUCUGGAAGAGAGAAACUUCCUCCUGGCCCCACUCCUCUUCCAAUUAUUGGAAAUAUCCUGCAGAUAAAUUUUAAGCAGAUGAGCAAAUCCUUAGCCGAUUUCUCAAAAGUUUAUGGUCCCAUAUUCACUUUGUAUUUGGGAAUGAAGCCCGCUGUGGUGCUGCAUGGAUAUGAGGCUGUAAAGGAAGCCUUGGUUGAUUAUGGGGAGGAGUUUUCUGGAAGAGGCAAAUCAGCAAUGUCUGAAAAAAUUAACAUAGGCCUUGGAAUUGUUUUCAGCAAUGGAAAAUACUGGAAAGAGACGAGGCGCUUCUCUCUCAUGACUCUGAGGAAUUUUGGGAUGGGGAAGAGGAGCAUUGAGGACCGUGUUCAAGAGGAAGCAUCCUGUCUUGUGGAGGAGUUGAGAAAAACCAAUGGCUCACCCUGUGAUCCCACCUUUAUCCUGAGCUGUGCUCCUAGCAAUGUGAUCUGUUCCAUUAUCUUCCAUAAUCGCUUUGAUUAUAAAGAUCAGAAUUUUCUUGUCCUUAUGAAAAGAUUCAAUGAAAACUUCAGGAUAUUGGGCUCCCCAUGGAUGCAGAUAUGCAAUAUUUUCCCUGCUAUCAUUGAUUACUUCCCAGGAAGUCAUAAUAGAGUGCUUAAAAAUAUUUCUGAAAUGAGAACUUAUGUUUUGGAGAAAGUAAAAGAACACCAAGCCUCAUUGGACAUUAACAAUCCUCGAGAUUUUAUUGAUUGUUUCCUGAUAAAAAUGGAGGAGGUGAGACGUUAA